CCGCGGAUCUGUGAAAAUGCCCUUGAUUUACGCCUUCGUCGCUCGUCGAACGACCGUGCUCGCGGAGUUUACGAACUACAGCGGGAACUUUAGCACGAUCGCGAUCCAGGCGUUGGAGAAGCUUUCAGACGAUAACACGCGAUUUACGUACACGGCGGAUGGGCACACGUUCAACUACGUCGUCGAAAACGGGUUCACGUAUCUCGUCGUGGCCGACUCAGAGCUCGGACGCCACGUCCCAUUCGCGUGCUUGGAUCGGAUCAAGUCCGAGUUCACGCGCGAUCAUGCGUCGGAGGCGCAGGAUGCCAUCGCGCACUCGCUGAAUAAAUCGUUCGCGCCGAGGUUGAAGGAACACUUGGAGUUUUGCUCGGCGAACCCAGAGGCGGUGAGUAAAGUGAGCGCGGUGCAGCAACAGGUGAGUCAAGUGAAGGAAAUCAUGAUGGAUAACAUCGAGAAGGUGCUCGAUAGAGGGGAGAAGAUUGAGUUGUUGGUCGAUAAAAGCGACGCGUUGCGGUUCGAAGCUGCGAAUUUUCACAAGACGGGAAGAGCGUUGAGACGGAAUUUGUGGUGCCAGAACAUGAAGAUCAAAGUUGCUUUUGGCUUGAUCAUCUUCGCGCUCCUAUUGACGCUCAUUUUUACUCUAUGCGGGAAGAAGUGUCGUUGAUGAAGUGACGAUUUUAGUGCUCUCGCCAUCUGGUGUAAACGCUUUGUAAAAUCAUCCAUUUCAAACGC